AUGAUCAAUACAGAUGGGUCCGUUCGGCAACCAAACUCAAGAGCCACAGCAGGUGGAUUGAUUCGUAAUGAUCUUGGAAAAUGCUUGGGAGCUUUCGCAGCUAAUCUCGGAACCUGCACCAUAACAAGAGCUGAAUUAAAAGGAGUGGUGCUUGGACUUCAACUAGCCUGGAAACAAGGACACAAGAAAGUAAUCUUAAAGACUGACUCCCAAGCUGUGUUCGACUUGUUAUCUUCGGCGGAUCAGAGCUGCACAAGGUACUCUAACUUGCUACGACAAUUCCAAGAGAUUCGUAAGCAAAAUUGGGAAAUUCAUAUUACCUAUUGUUAUUGUGAAUGCAACAAAGUUGCAGACUUUCUUGCUAAUAAAGGUCAUACCCUCAGCUGUGGAGUUCAUGUAAUAGAUAUAGCGGAUCCCGGCCUUAAUUUCUGGGUUUUGUAUGACUCUUUGGGCAUCGCCCAAGAUCGUUUAAUUUAA